CAACAGGUGUCCCCUACUUCUGGUCCUGGUGCCAAAAAACAGGGAGUCUCUGGAGAGAGUGCUGGCAUUCAUCCAGCAGUCAGAGGCACUUCCGAGUACAAAUUAGAGCAUCAUGAAAAAGAUUUUAGGUGGAAACAGUUAAUCAAAGAAGCAAUUCUGGGAAAUGACUUCUUGCAGCACCUUGUCACAUCCUCCCAAGUCAAGGAAAUCGUUGACUGCAUGUACUCAAAAACCGUCGCUGCAGAUUCUUUGGUAAUCGAAGAAGGAGAACCAGGAAAACAUCUCUUUGUCUCAGGAGAAGGCGAAUUGAAAGUAUUGAAGAAUGAUAAAGUCAUAGGUUGUAUUGGACCUGGGAAAGCAUUCGGAGAGCUAGCCAUUUUAUACAACUGCACUAGAACAGCUACUAUUAGGGCUGUAAGUGACGCAAUGCUUUGGGUGCUGGAUCGGCGUGCCUUCCAAACCAUCAUGAUGGUGACGGGAAUGCAGCGUCAGCAAGAGAACAUCAAUUUCUUAAAGAGCGUGCCACUGUUGCAAAACUUGAAUCAAGAGCUCAUUUCCAAACUAGCAGAUGUUUUAGAAGUUGACUUUUACCCAGCUGGCGAAUAUAUUAUCCGACAAGGAGCCACAGGAGAUACCUUCUUCAUUAUCAACAGCGGAAAGGUUCGUGUGACACAGAAAAUAGUAAAUGACUUCGGCGAUUAUUCAGAGGAAGAAGUGCGGAUACUGGAUCGGGGAGAAUACUUCGGAGAACAAGCACUACUAAGAGAAGAUCGUAGAACAGCUAAUGUUAUUGCUGAAGAUCCUGGAGUGGAGUGCCUCACUCUUAACCGAGAAUCUUUCAAUCAAUUAAUUGGAGAUUUGCAAGAGCUUCAGAACAAAGAUUAUGGAGACGAAGCAAGAAUACGAAGAAUUUCCAAACUGUCAUCAUCGGCUGUCACAUUAGAUGAAGAAUACAAACAUAUUCAAUUAGAUGACUUGGACGUUUUAGCUACUUUGGGUGUCGGAGGGUUCGGAAGAGUGCAACUGGUGCAGUCAGUCUACAACAAACAAAAAACUUUUGCCCUGAAAAUCCUGAAGAAGGACCACGUUGUAGAGACUCAGCAGCAACAACACGCCCUUAAUGAGAGGGCAAUAAUGAUGUCUUGUCGGCACCCCUUCAUUUGCAGAAUGUACAAGACAUUCCGUGACGAGAAAUACGUAUUUAUGUUGAUGGAGGCUUGUCUUGGAGGAGAAGUCUGGAGUAUUCUGAGAGACAAGGGUGAAUUUGAUGAUGCAACCACCCGUUUUAUCACCGCUUGUGUCACGGAAGCCCUGGAAUACCUACACGCCCGGAAUGUUGUCUACCGAGACUUAAAGCCAGAAAAUCUUCUGUUAGAUUCCCAGGGAUAUGUUAAAUUGGUCGACUUCGGCUUCUCCAAAAUCCUUCCAACAGGCCUUAAGACAUGGACUUUCUGCGGUACACCAGAAUACGUAGCUCCAGAGAUCAUUUUGAACAGAGGUCACGACAAAGCUGUUGAUUUUUGGGCAAUGGGAGUGCUUAUGUAUGAACUUCUCACCGGAACACCGCCUUUUUGUGCCUUUGAUCCAAUGAAGACGUACAAAAUCAUCUUAAAAGGCAUUGACGCUCUUGGUUUUCCCAACUACAUCAGCAAGAACGCAGUUUCGUUAAUGCGAAGGUUGUGCAAGGAAAACCCCAGUGAAAGGCUUGGAUACCAGAAAGGAGGCUUUGCAGACAUCAAAAAGCAUAAAUGGUUCCAAGGAUUUGACUGGGAUGGAUUGAAAAAAUCGAACACUUAGACCUCCAAUUGUUCCAAAAGUAAGAGACAAUGCCGAUGCUUCGAACUUUGACGUCUAUCCCAUUCUCAUAGAAGACUCUCCUAAAGAGGACAUCCGGUUGGGACAAGGACUUCGACUGUUCCGGACGAUGAUGUUAUGUCUGACGAAAAAAAGUGUUCCAAUUACUCUUUGUUAUGAGUUUUGCCAACUGUGAAUAUUUGUUCCUAUAAAAACCACUAGUUCAAAGAUGUAUUGACAAAAGAUGUUUAAUAUCCAUUGAGCUUUUAUAAUUU